CGCUUGUUGACACGAGGUUGCGAUACCGUUGCCAGGCGGGAGAAUAUAUCUAGACGAGUCAUCGCCAAUUGCUUCUCCGGAAGAGGUUUGAGGGGCCCUUUUCGAUACUUUGCUACGAAGGAAUCGUUACUACUUGGAUUUGCCAGCAUCAUCGGUGGUUAUCAGGGUGCACCGUCUAUUCGAGUGGAUCGGAGGUCUACUAAUCUCCGAAUCAUCACCAUGAGCUCUUUUCAGCUCUUCCCCGCGUCUCCAGAGAACGGGACCUCAAACAACCCUUUCCUCAAAGGGAAGAGAAGGCAAGCGGGACAGCGACCAAGAGAAGAUCUCAUCCCUCUGAAGACAUUCGACAAGGGCCCCGUGGCCCAAGGGGUGCUCUUUCGUGUGGAUCAGAACGCUGACAGCGUUCAAUCACCCCCACCAGCGCACAUUGCUCUCCCAGCGCGCUCCUCACCGGCCAGGACAUCCCAAGAGCACGAUGUUCGCACUGCUGCCCAGGUCAAGGCUAUUCCACCAACAAACAAGAGCGCAGAAUGGGCUGGAUCUUCUCCGGCUGGCUCAAAACGCAGCAAGGAAGGGUCCACGCCCACCUCCGAAGCGACUCCGUCAAAGUCCGCUUCGCCCGCGCCCAUGAGAUCCAUGUUUCCGCGGUAUGAUCCGCAACUGCCACUGAACCAGCAAGCAUACUAUCCACAACUGUCCGCUCAUACGCCUCGGAACUACUCACGGCCCAGCCACAUCCACCUGUCCCCGGCCCCGGAGAUCGACCAGGCACUCGGACCGAAGACCGUGCCGGCUAGUGUGUUGAACUUUCCUUUGGGGGUGCUGGAUGCCCCGGAGAUGCGCUACUCUUCUGCGGAGGAUUUGGUAAGUCUAUGGGAGGCGGCGAACGGCCAGAGACCGCAGAACAUGCCGGAGACAUUCUAUCUACGUCUACAACGGAGCGGACCAUCGACAUUCUCACUCGGAGACUCGAUCGCACCGUUCUACGCAAUGCAGAUCGAGCCCAAUGACGGGAUCUCUCUGACUCGGAACAACCCGACCAAACCCCGUAACAGGGUUCCCAUCAUGACGUUCAAAGUGGAGGACCGGUCCCGACGCGAACUGCGCGGGGACAAUCUGGUAUCUCUUCUCCUACCGCGACUGGCCGCAGUGCUCGCCCUCGAUCAGGUGGCCGAGAUGGCCAAGGAGCACCAACUGGCCCACCAGGACGCCAUCGAACUCGAGGCGGAUGCCCUCAAGCGGGUCGCCGACCUGGAAUCCUGCAAGCUGUUCUGGGACUCCGCCAAGCGCAACUACGAGCUUCACCACCCGGCGCUCUGCAAGCAGCCCCCCGCGCUGGUCGGCACGGCAGGCAUCCCGCUGUCGCCGGUGCGGUCCAAGUACUCGGGGAGUCUCUACCUCACCGUGUCCAGCGCCUCCGCCGACUCACGCUCCAGCCAACCGCCCAUCAUCCUGGUGACCACGCCCGUGUCGGCCAACGCGAUCGAGUCGGCCACGGCGGCGGCCACACCGCGGACGUCCACGCUGCCACUAACAGACUCGGACGAGCCGCUGGCGGCGCUGGAUCUGGGGACAAUGACGCUGUCACUUUCCGCCACCGCGAUCAUCAACACGGUGCCCUCGCUGUAUGCGAUCGAUUCCGUGGUCGCGGCGAUGCUGGCCGUCGCCGUGUCGGAUGAGUCGACGGGGCCGAUCCUGGAGGCGUUGGUGUUGUACGGCACAGAGAGGUCGGUCACGCCGUGGGGGAUGACGCAGCUUGGUCCUGGCGGUGUCCGCGCGGCGGCGGAGCGGGAAGCGGCACAGCAGGGCACGCAGCUGUGGUCGAGCGUGCAGUCCGUGCAGCAGCAGCAGUCCCCCAGGGCAAAACGAUGGUACCGGUUCUGGGGAGGGGGCAAAACGCCCAAACCCAAAAACCGCAAGAUCGUGGUGGAGGAAUUCGACAUGGAGAGGUACGGGCGCUACGGGCGGGGCUCCUCGCGCGAGGGCCAGAAGCUGCCGGGGAUCACGCGGGGGGUUUUGAGGGUGGUGUUUUUCGGAUUGGAUGUGAUUGUGCAGGUGUUGACGAUGAUGGUGAAGGUGUUUGCGUGGGUUUUGGUGAAUGCGACGCGAUGUGUGACUAGUGAGAAGUUUUGAUUUCCCCCCCGUGGAUGAUCCCGGUUGGAUGUUUGAGACGGCUUGAUUAUGAUUCCCCGGUUGAUGUUUAACUUAAUGUCCGAUUGACCAAUUUCCAAAUGACUAACAAGC